AGCCUACGGUGCUGCUGGAAAAGAGUAAAAAUGGAAGCCAUUGUUGGAUCCGCUGACGAGUUGUGAAAGUAAAAUGUCCAAAAUGGCGAAAUACAAGAAAGAAAUCUACGAAAACUGAUAUCAAUUGCAAGCCGAACACGCUAAGCAGCUGAAAGUGUCGAAAGUUUACGCAUUAGAAAGGAUAAAGUUGGAGAUUUCUGAAGUUACACAGUGUGUGGGGUGGUGGUCGAUAUUUUUCCAUUCUCUAGGGGGAACUAUUCUGGAUGUGGUCCAGAAACAGCUUUCCGAACGAAUGCAAACCAGAGCAGUUAACUUGUAGGACACUGCAGGAACUAGUAGUCAACGCUAAGAGUCAUGUACAUAAGGAUUAGUUCGGGUUUUAUCGCUUUUUCCGUUCUGUUAAUAUUUGCUAUUUCGAUAACGCGUAGCGCAGACGAGCCAACAGCGACAAUCAAGUACAGCAUUGUCCAGGGAUGGGCUGCAAAAAUAGGCGGAGAAUUAGCUAUCUUAGGAGAUUUUAUAACUAGACGAAUGAAAGUAGAAGAUAGUUUUAAGCAAGCGCAAGUAGUUAGCAAAAAUGGACAAAAAAUUGUUGAAGAAAUGGCCAAAGAUCUCAAGUACAUGAUGGAUGCAAAAGUCAGUGCUGUUAAGCGAAUCAUGGACACGGCCGAGAAUACGGCCAUCUCCAGCGAUGACGAAAAAGUGAACAAAAGUUUCCGCUACUACAAUGCAAAAGAGAUGAUCGAACCAGGCGAAAUAAUCACCACACCGAUACCGAUGAUAGACGAGGAUCCGGCUGACAUUACCACGCCCAUUCCACCGAAGGAAAUCGUACUGACGAAGAAGAAACACUUCUUCAACGAGGCGGUCAAUACUUCGGUUAGCUCGGUGCACGUUCCAACCAAUGUGUACGAUAGAGCAAACGAAACAAUUCGGGCGAUCAAGUGGUCUGAAGCGUUGGACUCGAUAUUCUACAACAACUACAUCGGUGAUCCGACGCUCACGUGGCAGUACUUUUGCAGUUCGACGGGCUUUCUGCGCCAGUUCCCGGCCACCAAGUGGGAAGAAGAUCCAGUCGAUCUGUACGACUGUCGGCUGCGCUCCUGGUAUAUCGAGGCGGCCAACAGUCCGAAAGAUGUCAUUAUCCUAGUAGACAGCUCCGGUUCCAUGACCGGCCAGCGAAAAGAUAUUGCCAAACACGUGGUAUCCAACAUCUUGGAUACCCUAGGACCGAACGAUUAUGUCAACAUCUUCACCUUCUCCGAAGAGGUGUCCGAAGUUGUUGGAUGCUUUCGUGAAACACUGGUGCAAGCGAACAUGGGUAAUAUCCGAGAGCUGAAGCUAGGAAUGGAUAACAUCGAGACGACUGAGAUCGCGAAUGUAUCGGCUGCGUUAACCAGGGCUUUCGAGCUGCUGGAAACAUUUCGCGAGAGCCGUAAUGGAGCCCGCUGCAAUCAAGCCAUUAUGCUGGUGUCAGAUGGUGUUCCGUACAGCUUCGAUGAGAUAUUUGAGCAGUACAAUUGGAAGGAACUACCCUUUAUCCCGGUUCGGAUAUUCACCUAUCUCAUUGGUCGUGAGGUAGCCGAUGUAAAAGAUAUAAAGGAAAUGGCCUGUAAAAACCAAGGCUAUUAUGUACACCUGAGUACACUAGCCGAGGUACGGGAGGAAGUUUUGAACUACAUACCAGUGAUAGCAAGGCCACUGGUCUUGAAUAAACGUGAACACCCGGUGGUGUGGUCUGAAGUCUACGCGGAUGUGGAGGAUCCAAAAAUGACGGAUUGGCUGUGGGAAAUUAAGGAGCGAGCCGAACAGAAAGAACGAUUCAUAGACUACAGAAAGAAUCGUGUAAUUUUCUUUUCGCCAGAAGAACAGCAUCGUCGCAUGAUUAUGAAGCAGCGAAUGAAUCAGGAUCCAUAUUCCAACAAUCAGAAAUAUAACUUCAUGACAACUGUAUCGAUGCCAGUAUUUGACCGCAGAGAAAAUGCUAACAUCACCGAAGACAUCCUUGUCAAUGAGGCGUACUGGGUUACGAUCACACGCGAGACAAAAGUCGCAAACAUACUCGGCGUGGCGGGAGCUGAUGUACCCAUCGCGGAGAUCAAAAAAUAUCUCAAACCUCAUUUGCUUGGAGUCAACGGGUACGCCUUCAUCGUUACGAAUAACGGCUAUAUUCUAACGCACCCCGAUUUCCGUCCAGUUUUCCAAGAUAUUUUGAAACCAGCCUACAAUACGGUCGAUAUGAUAGAGGUGGAACUGACCGAUGACGACCGUGGACCACGAGACUUUAAUCCUGCCUUAUUGCAUAUACGAGAAUCUAUAAUAAAUCAGUCUACCGGAGCUAAAUGGAUACACGUGAAGUAUCAUUUCGAUGAAAUGAAACGCGUUUCGCGCACAAGGCGCCAGUAUUACUGGACGCCUAUCAAAAACACACCAUUUACUCUGGUCGUUACGUACCCAGAAACGCACGGUGUCAAUCGACUCCAGAUUCGAACGGAGGACGAGAUCCACCGUAUCCAUGCAAAAGGCAAUAAUGUCGUAAACUUCUUCAGCGGCAUAAACUGGAAGAUUCAUCCAGACUGGGUAUACUGCAAAUAUUUAAACGAGCACGCGAACGAAUCGUUCGCCACUCCAGAACUGGAGCUCAAGCAUUUCCUGGAGCGCAUGAAACAGGGCGGUUGGAAAUGGCCAGCCCUUCGCACUCCACCACCGCCAGAGCAUGCCAUGUUCUCUAACAUUUCGACCCGAAUACCUGAAAAGGACUACUAUUACUGUGAUCGAAAUCUGAUGCAAGCGUUGGUGUACGACGCCAAAGUGACCGAAUGGUUCUCUGCCAACACCAGCGGCGGAAGUGGCAACAAGGACGAAAAAGAUGGCCCUAGCCCAAUUGCUGUUUUGAUGGGCCUGUUGCCAAGGAAUGAACUGCGGCAGCGCUAUGGAAUUACCGUGUCGUUCUUAGCUACGCACAGUGGGCUAACGAGGUGGCAGGACCACAUGAACGAGCCCAAGCAAUCGGAGCCCGAUUUCAGUGAGACGAACAAUCGCGCGACGGACGAGAUCUGGUACAAGCGCGCCGUAGAGCUUUACUACAACAAUAAAUACAAAAAAAGUGCAGAAGGAAAUGGCAAGGAUGACGCGUACAAAAGCAGUUACGUGUACUCGGUUCCCUUUGACGCGGGAAAUCGGAACGACACCUUGGUGACGGCUAGCAACGCCAUCUUCCACACGGACGGGGGUAAGGAGACUCCGGUGGCCGUGGUUGGGUUCCAGUUCCACCACUCGGCUAUGUAUACUCUGUUCAAGAGUACCACUAGUCAGUGCUUGCACAGUGAUCAUCAAUGUGAGAAGACAUGCUUCACGGGGGAUUUCCAGUGUUACGUGAUUGAUAGCAACGGGUUUGUGGUCAUCAGCGAGCAGCUUCAGGAGACGGGUGCUUUCUUCGGGGAAGUAAAACCGGCCUUCAUGCAGCGACUGAUUGAUGAUGGCAUCUUCAAGAAUGUAACCAUUUAUGACUAUCAGGCGGUGUGUUUCAUGAUGAAGCACAUUUUCAAUAUGGCCAGCAUAAUAGAAACGCCUUUGAAAGUGAUCUGGUGGGUCCUGACAAAUGCCGUUUCAUACGUCAUGUGGGUGGUGGUACAAAUAUUCCUAGCAAUUGUGCAUGCAUAUGACGAAGUCAUUUACGAUAGUAGUGCAUACGAUGCGGUAGCCGAAAUGGGAGAUCUCGAGGAUCCUACCGCCGGGCGUUACAAGGAGCCGGAGUUCAAUAAGGUGCUUAUCAACCGAACACGACCGGAGCCGUGUGAUCAUGUUAUCACACUGUACGAACUCAACAACGACAUCGAUCCGGUUGUCUACCGGAAGGAUGCUCAUCAGUGUGAGCGACCGUAUGUCGUAGUGCCAAUUCCUUCCAGCAAUUUGAUUCUGCUGGUACUGGACACUCUUUGCCCACUACCCAGCCACGUGCCCCAGCUAACAACGUGGCCCAUCGAGCACGAUUACAAUGAUUCGCUAGCAUGCCAUAAGGCGCGCAAUGUGGAGCUUCCUCGAAGAAGACCUCUUACCUGUAUCAAUAAGCAUGCAAACGAAAGUGUGAUAGAAAUUUGCGGCCGAGGGAAUUACGCAGGACCCAAUCUAGCACUGCUGGUGAUUGUCGUGCUACUAGGGCAGUUUUACUUCAGUCGUAAUUAAACAACAACAGUUACCAAUUCUUAUUAGGUUUUAUAUCGGCAAACAACUCUAAUUCUUUUUGUAUUGCUCAGCAAACAGAAACCAGCGAUAUUCCAUAGUUAAGCGAUCAUAAAACUAGAAGCUUUCACACGUCUUUUCGAACAGUAGCGAGUGAAAUUGGAGAAUACAGUUUCGCCAAAACUGAGCUUGACUGAAAUAGCAGACAUCUGUUUUAAAUAACUUCGCUUGUUUAAUAUUCAUGCAUUCACACUUUCAAAACUCACACAUAGCGUGUAGAAAAACAAGUUAUUUAAAUUCAAUUCAAAAAUCCUAUAUCUUGGCACAAUUAGAAAUGUUACUUUCAAAUUUUAUAUCAGACAAUUGUUUCUCUACGAAAUUACUACCCAAAGUUAAUAGAUAUAUUAAGUAUAACAACUAGAACAUUUAUAACAGAUCUAGCAAAAUUUUGUUAACCAAUACCAACAGAUUUUAUUACAUUACAUUUAUCACGAAACGUACACAUGGAUUUAAAGAAGAACUAUAGACAAUUAGUUAAACAGUUACAUUAAUCCUAUUGUAAUAACUUGUACAAAUGAAAACCGAACAAAAGCGAGUCUCAAGGCAUGAAUUAAAGUACAGGUCGUUACAGAUUAUAUAGAAACUACACCUUUUCCACAACCCAAGCAAGAAAGAAAUUUGUGUGUCGAUACGAUGUUUAACACAUUUUUGCUAAUGUUGUGCAUUUCGUUGUUGCUCGUCACUGUCAUAAUCAAUAGAUAUAUUUAGUUGUUGAAAGAAUAAUAACAGUUUCUAGCCAAUUCCGUUGUUCUAACAAUUGUUCUCUUUUUUAGUUUAAUAGGCUACGCUGUUAAAGUUGUUGCUUUGGAGGCUUACUAAAAUUUUUACAUGAAAAAAGACGAUAUUUUAGUUAUGACCACUUGGUGACAAUGCCAAAAUUCUUAUAAAAAGACUAGUCACAUUGGUAAUAACUGAUACCAAAAAAUCUUUGUACUUAUAAAAUUAAUGAGAUAGCAAGAUAAAAGGAUCAUUUUUUAAACUUCAAAAUAAUCUUUUUCCAUAACAAGCACCUAGCUAAUGACAUCAACAUGGAAGAUUCGCUCCAUUCUCAGAAAAAAAAAGCGCAAAUGAACCAAGUGAACGGGAUAAAGAAGAGGAAUAUGAGAUAAAUUGCUUGGAUAUUGAAAGACAUACUGCGAUUAAAAACUAAUAAUAAACGAAGCAUGCGCUGAUCAAAUCGAUCUGUAGUUAUCUUAGGGCGAAAUCAACACAAAUAAUGAAACUACAACAAAUGAUUUUUUUCAUUGAAUAUUUGCUAAUAAAAGUCUGUGAUAAAAUUA